AUGGCUGCUGCAAGGUUACUAGCGCGUUCGGCUGUCAGAGCGUCCUCCUUGCCCUCCCGGGUGCUGGGGGGCCCUCACCUCGGUCCCCUUCGAGUCCCAGUCCCGCCGGUGGUACCGCUCAGCCGCGGCAUGGCGGCUGGAGGAAUUCCCACGGACGAGGAGCAAGCCACAGGCCUGGAGAAGAUCAUCAUGAAGGCCAUGAAGGAGGGCACCGACCCAUACAGCAUGAUGAAGCCCAAAGAGUACGCCGGCUCCAAAGCCGACCCUCACCUGGUGCCCUCCAUCACCAAUAAGAGGAUUGUGGGAUGCGUGUGUGAGGAAGACAACACAGCCGUGGUUUGGUUCUGGCUCCACCAGGGCGAAGCUCAGCGUUGUCCUUCGUGUGGCUCUCACUACAAACUGGUGGCACACGAGCUCCCCCACUAG